CGCCAGUAGUGUACGACUAACAAUCGCCCAAAGCGUGCGCAGAGAAUAACAUAAAUAAAAAAAUAAUAAAUAAUGCAAUUUCGUAAAAUGAAAGCAUUUCCUUUAUAAGUGUACCAAUUAAAUAUAAUAAAAAAUCAAGUAUUUUGAAAAAGUAAGAACUGAAGCACAUAUUGAGUAUUAAAAAAAAGUCACAAAACAUUUGUAUUAACUGUAAUUCUCCAAUAAUUCAACGCAAUUAUGACUGCCAUUUUGCAAAGUGUAAAAGCGAUACUGCAGCGUUACCCUGUUACGCGCGGGAUGCUCUCUUAUAGUCUCAUUUGGCCGACCAGUUCACUGAUACAGCAGACCUUCGAGGGCAGAAGAUGGCCUGAUUACGAUUGGUGGCGUACGCUGCGCUUCAGCCUCUAUGGCGGCCUCUUCGUUGCGCCAACACUUUACAGUUGGAUUCGAGUUUCGAGCGCCAUGUGGCCGCAGACCUCACUGCAAACAGCCGUUUUUAAAACAGCCGUUGAACAGAUGUCCUAUACGCCCGCUGCCAUGACUUGCUUUUACUUCAUAAUGAGCCUGCUGGAAAUGAAGACGGUUGACGAAGCGGCGGCGGAAGUGCGCAAGAAGUUCAUACCCACUUUCAAGGUGGCGAUGUCUAUUUGGCCCGUUGUUGGUAUUAUUAAUUUUUCUGUCGUACCAGAGAAGAAUCGGGUGCCUUUCAUUAGCGUUUGUAGUUUACUGUGGACUUGCUUUUUGGCCUACAUGAAGCAUCUGGAGCAUCAACAUGUCGAUGAAAUGGAUAAUUUAUUUAUAUCGAAAGAAGCUAAAUUAAAAUCAUAAAAUGCUACAUGUUUUUUAAGUUAAGUUCUAGCAAAAUUAUAAAUUUAAGACUUCAGAGGAAAAAUGUAUAUUAUUUUAUUUUCAUAUGGAAAU